CUUCCUUCCGGCUCCCCGCCCGGGCGGCUCCGAGAGCUCCAGCUGCUCUGGACUCUGCGAUGAACCAACAGAGAAAUCUUGAAAAGGACUGACCACUUCUGAGCUCAUAACCAUGGCCCAUGAUUCAGUGACAUUCAGGGAUGUAGCCAUAGACUUCUCCCAGGAGGAGUGGGAGUGCCUGGAGCCUGCUCAGAGAGACUUGUACAGGGAUGUGAUGUGGGAGAACUAUAGCAACUUCAUCUCAUUAGAUUUGGAGUCCAGUUACAGGACCAAUAGUUUAUCUCCUGAAAAGGACAUUUAUGAAAUAUUUUCAUUCCAAUGGGAAAUAAUGGAAAGUAUUAAAAGCCAUAGCCUUCAGGGCUCCAUUUAUAGAAAUGAUUGGGAAUUCCAAAACAAGAUUGAGGGGCCAAAGAUAACACACGAGGGAUAUUUUAGGCAAGUGAAGAUUAUUCCUGAAAAAAUGUCCACUUACAAAAAAAACAAUUUCCUUACUGAAUAUCAGAUAGUUCAUAAUGGAGAAAAGGUAUAUGAAUGUAAGGAAUGUAGGAAGACCUUUAUUCGUCGCUCAACACUUAGUCAACACCUGAGAAUUCAUACUGGUGAGAAACCUUAUAAAUGUAAAGAGUGUGGACAGGCCUUUAGACAGCGUGCACACCUUAUUCGACAUCAUAAACUUCAUACUGGUGAAAAACCUUAUGAAUGUAAGGAAUGUGGGAAGGCAUUUACUGUGCUUCAAGAACUUACUCAACAUCAAAGGCUUCAUACUGGUGAAAAACCCUAUGAAUGUAAAGAAUGUGGAAAGGCCUUUAGAGUUCAUCAACAACUUGCUCGACAUCAGAGAAUUCACACUGGUGAGAAACCGUAUGAAUGUAAGGCAUGUGGGAAGACCUUUAGACAGUGUACACACCUUACUCGGCAUCAGAGACUUCAUACGUCGGAAAAGCUCCAUAAAUGUAAGGAAUGUGGGAAAUCCUUUGUAUGUGGUCCAGACCUUAGAAUACAUCAGAAAAUUCAUUUUGGUGAUAAACCGUAUACAUGUAAGGAAUGUGGAAAGGCUUUUAGAAUAUGCCAACAACUUACUGUCCAUCAAAGUAUUCAUACAGGUGAGAAACCCUAUGAAUGUAAGGAAUGUGGGAAGACUUUUAGAUUAAGACAACAACUUGUUCGCCAUCAGAGAAUACAUACUCGUGAAAAACCCUAUGAAUGUAUGGAGUGUUGGAAAACUUUUAGUAGUUACUCCCAACUUAUUUCCCAUCAGAGCAUUCAUAUUGGUGAGAGACCCUAUGAAUGUGAAGAAUGUGGGAAGGCUUUUAGACUUUUCUCACAACUUACUCAACAUCAGAGCAUUCAUACUGGUGAAAAGCCUUAUGAAUGUAAGGAAUGUAGGAAACCUUUUAGAUUGCUCUCACAACUUAGUCAGCAUCAGAGUAUUCAUACUGGCGAAAAACCUUAUGAAUGUAAAGAAUGUGGUAAGGCUUUUAGACUUUAUUCAUUUCUUACUCAACACCAGAGGAUUCACACUGGUGAGAAACCCUACAAGUGUAAGGAAUGUAAGAAGGCCUUUAGACAACAUUCACAUCUAACUCAACAUCAGAAAGUUCAUAAGGGAAUUUAAUAUAAGAAACCCUUCAAAUGGACAUUAUAUUGCUAGGCAUUACAGAAUUGUUUCUUGUUUAAUGUGUUUAAUUCUCACAACUAAGCCUAAGAGAUUUUAUAUUAGAUUAAAAAAAUGUUGAUUUAAAAGCCUCCUAUUACCACGUAAACCUCUGUAGCAAACACGAGAGAAUAAUGUAAUGAAUUUAGAAGAAUUUUAGCCUUAUCUGUCAUGAUAUUCAUUUAAUACUUUUAUUACUAAUAUGACAUUGGAUAUUUAAGCCUUUUUUUACUCAUUUGUAAAAUGUUGAUUGUACCUUUGUAUUAGUUAUUUAUUGCUGUGUAAUAAACUACCACACCUUAAUUAUACACCUGUGUAAUAAAAACACACACCCCUU